CUCUUUCAGAAGGAAGCUCUCUUCCUUUAUUCUCUGAGAAAGCGUCCAAUACGCACCUCCUCUUUGAAGUACAAGGCAAAAGGAGCAAACGAAACCUAUUCUCUAAAUAAGGAGAAUCGCUUGUUUUCUGGGUUAGUUUGAGUAAAAAGGUGUUGUUGUUUUAGGGUUUUCUUUUGGAUGGAUGAGAAUUUGCUUGAUGAUAUCAUAAGGAGGCUGGUGGGGGCCAAGACUGGGAGGACCACCAAGCAAGUUCAUCUGACGGAGGCUGAGAUAAGGCAGCUUUGUGUUGCCUCCAAAGAGAUCUUUCUUAGUCAGCCUAAUCUUCUUGAGCUUGAAGCUCCUAUCAAGAUUUGUGGAGAUGUUCAUGGUCAAUUUUCAGAUCUUCUACGGUUGUUUGAGUAUGGAGGGUACCCUCCUACAGCAAACUAUUUAUUCCUUGGUGACUAUGUUGAUCGUGGCAAGCAGAGCAUUGAGACAAUUUGUCUUCUGCUAGCAUACAAAAUCAAAUACAAAGAGAAUUUUUUUCUCCUUAGAGGUAACCAUGAAUGUGCAUCAAUCAACCGUAUAUAUGGUUUCUAUGAUGAGUGCAAGAGAAGGUUUAGUGUUCGUGUCUGGAAGAUAUUUACAGACUGUUUUAAUUGCCUUCCUGUUGCUGCACUAAUUGAUGAGAAGAUCCUUUGCAUGCAUGGUGGAUUAUCUCCUGAUUUGAAAAAAUUGGAUCAGAUCCGGAACAUUGCUCGCCCUGUUGAUGUGCCAGAUCAGGGCCUUCUCUGUGAUCUUCUCUGGGCCGAUCCUGAUAAAGAUCUUGGUGGCUGGGGAGAGAAUGAUAGGGGUGUUUCAUAUACAUUUGGGGCUGACAAAGUUUCUGAAUUCCUUCAGAAACAUAACCUUGAUCUCGUUUGCCGAGCUCACCAGGUUGUAGAAGAUGGUUAUGAGUUCUUUGCAAAGCGGCAGUUGGUGACCAUAUUCUCUGCACCAAACUACUGUGGUGAAUUUGAUAAUGCGGGUGCUAUGAUGAGUGUGGAUGAUUCUUUAACUUGUUCCUUUCAGAUCCUUAAAUCUUCAGAGAAGAAAGGAAAGUUUGGAUUUGCCAACAAUGCAUUAAGGCCAGGAACUCCACCUCACAAGGGUGGGAAGCGCUGAUUAAGACAGUAGAGUCAGUAUUCAUAAAGUCCAAAGUGCACGACUAAUGGGGUCAGUUCUGUCAUCUACCUCAUGUUUACUAGGUGUUCUGUUGAAUCAAAUUCUGAUGGCUGCCAUGGCUUGAUCACUGUUCAGUGCAGAGGUAGAAAAUUGUAGGUAAAGUUACUGGAAUGGCAUAGGAGAAGAGCUAAGGCACCCAGUUAUCAGUUGGAACUCGGAGUUUUUCAUUCCAUAAAAUGGAAUUCUGACUUCAGUAUGUUGAAUUUUAUUCGUAUAGGUAACAAAUUUCAUUUCAUAUCA